UAUCCGUUCUAAUUAACUUCACUCUCUUUAGCUAGCUAAUUUUAGCUGGAUCGCUUUGGUUAGGUUAUGGCUAUUAACGUCACUGGUUGACGUCGUUAGCUUGCGGUGAUACUGAUGGUAGUUCAGUGUAUUUUUAAUGAAACCGUGAUGUUUAUAGUCAAUGUCCAGUAACAGUAAACAAGAAUAAUAUCAAGUUCAAAAGACGAUUCCAGCUUCAGCUUUGUUUUGCCUCAUAUAUUCACAUGGGGCUGAUGUAAAAGCGAGCACUAGCACAAAGUUAAAAGCUAAUGUUGGCAACUCGAUCUUGCUGAAUAUUGGAUCAUCUCUAGUCCGCCCUCCCUUCUGAACCAAUGGAGGGGUCUGACAGCGUGGAACAGAAUGGCAGUGACCUGCCAGAGUCACAGCGCAGGAGGCAGCUGGACCGCCUGGACAGGGAGGAGGCCUUUUACCAGUUUGUCAACAAUCUCAGUGAUGAAGACUACCGUCUCAUGAGAGACAACAACCUUUUGGGCACUCCAGGCGAGGUAACACAAGAUGAAUUAUUCAAUAGACUUCAGCAAAUCAAAGAUGGUCCUGAGCAACAGAAUAACACCGCUGGUACUGAAAGUGUAGAAGAUCCAGUUGAACAACCGGAAAGCUCAGAGGAUCCUGCCAGUGGUGAUAGUCUGCUUGACUGGCUGAACACUGUGAGGCGCACAGGCAACACAACUAGAACUGGUCAUCGUGGGAAUCAGUCAUGGCGGGCUGUGAGCCAGACCAACCCGAACAGUGGCGAUUUUCGCUUCAGUCUAGAAAUCAGUGUGAACCGCAAUCUGGCUGAGCAACAGGCAGCUAUUGAGGGAGAGCAGGAAUCUACAGAGCAACCUCCAGAAGAAUCAUCAGAGCAACCUCCAGAAGAAUCGCAAUCGCCAGAAGAAUCGUCAGAGCAAUCGCCAGAAGAAAGGUCAGAGCAACCUCCAGAAGAAUUGCCAGAACAGUCUCCAGAACAGUCUCCAGAACAGUCUCCAGAACAAGCUCCAGAACAAGCUCCAGAGGGUCAAGAAAUAGUGGCAAAUGCUGAACCACCAGUUCCCAUGGAGACAGAAGUGGUAGAAGAACCAGUUGUAGAUGAGUUGGCGGUCAUAGUGGAACCAGAGCCUGAACUAGAAGAGGUUGUUUCACAAGAGCUUGUAAGUGAAUCUCCCACCUCACCUUCUCCCCUGCCAGUGCAGCCACCACUCUGUUCUUCUCCACGCAGAGGGCAAAGGAGACCCCGCAGCCGAAGUCCAGAACCACGCAGGACUCGGGCCCGUUUAGCCAGGAGCCGCUCCCCUCUCAACUUGGAUCAACUUGAUGGACUCCCUAAUCCACGGCAUUCUUACAUCUCUCAAAGUGCCAGUUCUUCCAGCAGUGCUCCCCCUGUACCUCAAGUGGAGGGUAGCUCACGGACUCGACAGCAUGUUCUUUCAAGACCAAGCCACACUGAUGGAGAUGCUCAGCAGUCUAGGGCAAUUGCAGAAUCCAUUCCAGAGGCCCACAAUGUUGCCUCUCAGGAGUUAGAAGCCUCUGGAGGCGAAGGGGGCGCAGCAGGGCGUCGCCCCCCUACUAUUAUGCUUGAUCUUCAGGUGCGCCGUGUGCGUCCAGGUGAAUAUCGGCAAAGAGACAGCAUUGCCAGUCGUACUCGCUCGCGCUCCCAGAACUCAAACAACACAUUUAUGUAUGAGAGUGAACGUGGUGGAUUUCGUAGGACUUUCUCGCGCUCUGAGCGUGCUGGUGUGAGGACCUACGUCAGCACUAUUCGCAUCCCCAUCCGAAGAAUCUCCGAUGCAGGUUUGGGAGAGGCAACUUCAUUGGCUCUCCAGUCUAUGAUACGGCAGAUCAUGACUGGGUUUGGUGAGCUUGGCUACCUCAUGGACUCAGACUCUGACUCUUCAGAUUCAAACCGUGGAGCCAAUGCUCCUGCAGAAAUAGAAGCCCUCCAUAAUCCAGAUGCUACACCUGCCGAUGCUCCUGCUGCUGAUGUUGACGAGCAACUGGUUGCUGCUGGAGGCAGAGGAAGGACGGUUGAAACUGAUAUGGAUGAAGGCCUUGCCACUGGUCCGCCUCCCACUGGUGGCAGGGCUCGACCAAGACCACCUAUCGGCCUGGAGGAGCCCAGCUCCCUGCCCUUCCUGCGACUUGCUCACUUCUUCCUACUAAAUGAUGAUGAUGAAGACCAGCCCCAGGGGCUGACCAAAGAACAGAUUGACAACCUCUCCAUGCGCAACUUUGGAGAGAGUGAUGCCUUGAAGACUUGCAGUGUGUGCAUAACAGAGUAUGCAGAAGGGAACAAGCUACGUAAGCUUCCCUGCUCUCACGAGUACCAUGUGCACUGCAUAGACCGCUGGCUCUCCGAAAACUCCACAUGCCCCAUUUGCCGCAGGGCUGUCCUAGUGUCAGCCAACAGAGAGAGUGUGGUGUAACGCUUUGACAGACUGAAGGCCUUUUGUCUCAGCCGAAGUAAUCCAAUAUCUCCCAAGUCUGUAAGAGGCUGUGAGAAAACGUGUUUCCGCUGUUGAAAUGUAUUUCCUUCAUACUAUUUGUGAGUUUGAUCGUAUCGCAGACAACAGGUUUUAUUUGGGGUGCUCCUUACAGUGACGAUGGAGAAUAUUUAGUUUUUAGUUAGACAUUUAUUAUUAUUGCAGUCCAAAGUGGGGCACAAGCGAUGCAUGCUGUCUAUCAACCCGUAGUGGCUGUGCAGUGUUGCGUUGCAUCAAGCCAUGCGCACAAGUAGACUGAUAGCUCAUAAAAAUAAAUCCUCUGAUUAUAAAUGCUGCACACUUGCAGGUAGUUCAGGCACUUCAAAUCGGUUCUGUUCUCUCAACUCCCGAAUGGCCCCUUGUAUAACAUUAGCUGGGUGUAGGUACAGUUGCUAGUUACACCAGUUCAAAGUAUUAGCUGUAAAUAAGCUUGUAAAAUAAUUUUGAAUCAUACAUUGUAUCACUGAAUUGGUUUCGGAUUGUAAAUGAACUCAUUUGAAGAUCUGGGUCAUGAUGGUUUGCAAUUACUCUCUGAAUUUGAUUUUAAAUGUUUAGGUGCUAACAAUGUAUACAGCAGAAUUAUUUACAGAUUGUGAUGUCCAAAGGAUGGAGGACAAAGUGUUUUGCAAUUUACAGUGUGACUUGUGCUCUCCAUUCUUGUUCACCCUAAAUAAAUAAACACUUUUUUUUUUUUUUUUUGAGGGAUAUACCAUAAACUCGCAGAGAAACC